CCCAAUUCAACUUCUCCAAUUUUCUUCCUUCUUCCCAAUCUUCGACUCCCAGAAAAUGAACUACUCAAUCCAAACCCCCCUUCUUCUUCUUCUUGUUCAUAUUGUUUUCUUCAAUGUGCAAACCCAAUCCCAAAGCACUGAUCUAAUAUCCAAAACAUGCAAGAAAACACCCCACUUUGACCUUUGUCUCUCGUCUCUCCAAUCAAGCCCUCAGAGCUCAAACUCAGACAUUUCAGGCUUGGCUCACAUAAUGGCUGAUCUUGUUCUGUCCAAUGCAACUGAUACACUGGAUUACAUCCAUGGCCUACUCAAGCAAUCCCCAGAAGCAGAUUUGCAGAAGCCUUUGGCAAACUGUGCAGAGUUGUACAUUCCAGUGGUGAAGUACACUCUCCCACAGUCAAUUGAUGCUCUCAGUAAUGGCCAUUAUGGGUUUGCCAACUACGGCAUUUCUGAUGCUGCAAAGGAAGCUGAGGCUUGUGAGAAGGGGUUUUCCGGGGAGUCGCCGUUGACAGAUAGGAACACUCUUGUGAGCAGCCUCGCUGAAGUAGCUGUGGCUAUCAUCAAGUUAGUGCAGGGAUGAUUUUGGCCGUGGCAGAUCAGCAUAUGUUCGUUAGUCAUCAAUAUCAUGUACUAGUAUUUAUUGCUUUCCUUGUGUAAUCUUAGUUCAGAUAUUUGUACUCGUAGCCGAAGUUUCAGCCACUGAAAUUAGAGUUUCUGAUCUCUUUAUGUUUUCUGAGGGUAGGGAUUGGUUUCUGGGCCAUAUCAACCUUGUCAUAGCUUCUCAUUUGGGAAGGGUCCCAAAAUGUCUGAAAGAGGAUUCUCUAUCUAUUUUUCUCACUAAAAAGAGUGUCAUUUUGGUGUUUAAGGUUGAGCGUUUGAGUUUAGAAUUUGGAGGACAGAAUUGUAACAACUCAAGGUUUCAAAUAAAAGUGCUAGCCGGAGUUGGUUUUAGUUUCA